UAGGGGCUGGUCUUUGGCGGCUUGGGCCUGGUUGCGCUAUUCGUGAGUAGCCUUGCUGGGUAUCGGAAAGAAUCCGAUCGGUGUCUACGCCGAAUCCACAUUUGCCAUCGGCGUUGGACAACACCUGUCCGCGCGAUGUUUUGCAGUCCAGCGCCAAGUCCGGCCCCCUAAACAAUUCCAGUCUAUUGCGCGGACAGUGGCCGAUAGGCAAACUCGGUGCUAGUCUGAAAGACACCUUUGUGUCGUGAAACCAUUGUGAAAACAGCAAUGCUACAGUAGAGAGCUGACUGCUGACUUCGAGAUCCUGACGAGACAGCAAGGGUACCUUACUGUGCUCGCUAAGCCCGCCGUUCUGUCUCUUCAUCUCUGCCGCUCGACUGCCAUUCCCAGUAUACUGUUGAGCUGCUGAGCAAUCGAAGCAUCCAACAUGCGCAUCCUCAUUACUGGUGCCGCUGGAUUCAUCGGUCAGCUUCUGGCAGAAAAGCUUCUCAAUGACGAGGAUGGCAGGUAUUCAUUGAUCCUCACCGAUGUCAUCAAGCCGCCUAUUCCUCCCAAUGUCAAGUGGCCUGAGAAAGCGAAAUCUAUUGUCGCAGACUUGUGCACCGAUGCCAGCUCCGUUGUGGAUAAAGGGCUAGAUGCUGUUUUCGUGUUUCAUGGGAUCAUGUCCUCAGGAGCUGAGUUGAAUUUUGAACUGGGCAUGAAAGUCAACUUCGACGCAACACGCAUUCUGCUCGAUACUUUGCGCAAGUAUUGCCCUGGCGUCAGGGUAAUCUAUGCCUCGAGCCAGGCUGUCUACGGUGGAGAUGUCACUCAACCCGUCGAUGAGACCAUGGCAGCAACGCCUGAGACUUCAUAUGGAGCUGAGAAGAUGAUGUGCGAGUACCUCGUCAACGAAUAUACACGGCGCGUGUUCAUCAAUGGGUUCAUCCUUCGAUUCCCAACAGUAUCCGUACGGCCUGGAAAGCCAACAGCCGCGGCGUCAUCGUUCCUCUCUGGAAUCAUUCGAGAGCCCAUGAAUCACCAGGAAUGUGUCAUUCCAAUCGAAGAUCGGUCAUUCCGACACUGGCUGUGCUCUCCUCGUGUGCUGGUCAGCAAUCUCCAACAUGCACUCACCCUGGCAGAGGAUUCCAUGCCGCGUUAUAACAGAACUCUCAACGUUCCAGGUAUUGGUGUGUCUGUGCAGGACAUGAUGGAUUCUUUGGCCAGAGUCGGCGGACAAGACAAGCUUGCCUAUUUGCGUGAGCAAGAGGAACCUAAGCUAAAGACCAUUCUUUAUUCGUGGCCGGCUGAAUUUGACAACACUAAGGCUUUAUCGUUGGGGUUCAACAGGGACACUUCUUUUGACGAAAUUGUCAGAGAUUACGCAAAGAGCCUACAGAAGUCGAUAUGAUAGUCUUGGAAUAUGGGCACAGAUGGAUGAUAAAUGGUGGUUCCCUGACCCCUACUACUUGGGCGCCGGCAGAAAUACCCUCCAGACUAUAGCAGUACAAUGCUGAGAUGGCAUAUCCCUCCUCGGCAGCCUUUGACACCAUCUUCCAGGCCAUAUUCCUUGAAAGAUCCGGCAGUCUAGUGAUCAUCUGAGCAGAUAAGAGGACGAAUGCUCCACAAGAGAAACGUGCUGGUGUUCCCAUGACCGUCGGUAGUAGGAGAUAAGAUUGAUCUCAGGGAGUGAUCCAAGCACGCCAAGAGGCUUUUGCAUGGAUUACGUCUGGUAAUAGGGGUAUAACGUCCCACUCUGGUUGGAGAAGCGGGAAAGCAUUGCGGGACGUGUGCCUCAACCUCCCAUGAGGUGGUUGACCUGUUCAGAGUC